AUGACCUGCGACGCAUACUACGAGACGCACACCUCCGACCCGCACGCCAUCGACCGCUGCGCCAAGCGCGAAAUCGAGGCCGGGGCAUCACGUGCAUUUGCGCUACUAGCCGCUUCAACGACCAUCUUCGGUCUCGCGAAUCUGCUCGUUGCGGGCUGGACGAUCAAGAGACUGGGAGUCAAGCGGGCGCUGAUCAUCCAGGUCUUUUGGCCGGCGGUGCGCCUGCUGAUUCAAACUAUUGGAGUCACGCAUGGGGGCUCCGUGGGCAUUGCGAUUGUGCAGGCGUCGCAGGUUAUUACGAUUAUUGGCGGGCCGAAUGGGUAUGUUUUGUGUUUGAACUCUUUUGUGGCGGACGUCGUUGGGCAUGAGGCGAGGACGGGAGCGCUGGGAAGACUUCAGGGGUGCAUGUAUAUUGGAGCGGCCACCGGGUUUUUGAUCGGAGGCGUUGUGGGCGAUGUCUUUGGGAUACUUGCGCCGUUUCAUAUGACUUUGGCGCUGUUCCUGUCGUGCUGUGUUUACAUCGCUUUGACGUUGCCGGCUACAAGUGUUCCUGAGGCGAAGGAUGAUUCGACAACUCAACGCCAGGUUGGUAUCAUGCGCUUCUUUGGUCCACUGCGCAUUUUCACGCCACAGAAGUGGAUUCUUCCAGAUGGUCGUACCGUCACGCAAUUCGGAGCGUUGACACUUGGUAUUGGUGUCUUUCUCGGAAUUUUAGCCACUGGAUAUAUUGCUGUUUUGCUUCAACAGUUCGCCACCUCUGAGUUCCAAUUCGGUACCAAAGACAACGGAUAUCUCAUCUUCAUGUACUCGUCGCUCCGGGGCGCAUUCCUCUCACUCGUAUUCCCACGGAUUAUCGCCCGAGGACGCAAGUGGCUCCAACCACACGACACCACGAAGCAAGACAGACCGCGAGAAGAAGAGCCUCUAAUUCAAGACCAUCCCAUCUCGGCAAACGAGAUCGAGACAUCCGACCCACUCGAAAACGAGGAACCGCCUAACCCUCCACCAAGCAACGAACAAGAAACAUUCGAAUUCGACCUCUUCUACGCCCGCUUCAGCGUCUUCGCCGACGCGCUCCUCACCGGCGCAGCCAUGUUCGUCACCCGAGGCUGGCAAAUGUACAUCGUCGCGCUCGUCCUGCCAUUUGCCGCAGGUACCGGCGCAGCUUCCAAAGGCACGAUCCUACAAAUGCUUCCCAGCAGCGACCGCGUCGAUGCGCUAAGCGGCAUCACACUCGUAGAAAACAUCGCGCGGCUAUCGACCGUCGCAGUCUUCGGGCUGAUCUACUCCAUACUCGCAGAAGCUGGGCAAACACGCAUGGUUUUCAUAUGCAACGCCGCCGUCGCGAUGCUGGCAUUUGUUGUUCUUUGCUUUUCGCGCUUUCCGCCUCGAGGGAGUCGUAGGGUCGAGCUUUGA